AUGGUGUUUCUGAGCAAUGCAAUUUCCAACAGCAAAUUAGAGGGGAAGGAUGAAUGUACUGAAAGUGAUCAAACGGAAGAGGUUUACUCAAGCACCGUCUAUGGUAGUAGAUGGUCGGAUCAACCCAUCCCGAGAUUCGAACUACCAGAAGAUGAAAUGCCACCUCAUGUUGCAUAUAAAUUGAUCAAAGAUGACUUGGCGGUAACUACAGAAUCAGCUCUCGAUAGCAAACCAACAUUGAAUUUGGCAUCAUUCGUAACGACUUACAUGGAAGAGGAAGCUGAAAAGCUCAUGUAUGAAAACAUCUCCAAAAACUUUAUUGAUUUCGAAGAAUAUCCGAUGUCGGUUGAAAUUCAGAAUCGCUGCGUCAACAUCAUUGCGCGCCUCUUUCACGCGCCAGUAGAUAAUCCAAAUCAAGAAGCAAUGGGCGUUUCUACUGUCGGAUCUUCAGAAGCAAUUAUGCUCGCUGUAUUGGCAAUGAAACGAAGGUGGCAAGAACAGCGUCGCGCGAAAGGGUUGUCUACUGAUAAGCCCAACUUGGUUAUGGGUUCUAACGUACAAGUAUGCUGGGAGAAAGCUUGCAGAUAUUUUGAAGUCGAAGAGAAUUAUGUAUACUGCUCAGAAGGUCAAUACAUUUUGUCCCCCGAAAAGGCUGUCGAGCUUGUUAACGAGAACACCAUAGGCGUAUGCGUAAUUUUAGGCUCAACGUACACUGGGCAUUAUGAAGACGUAAAGGCAGUCAACGACCUUCUUCUAGUCAAAAAAGCGCUUACUGGUUGGGAAGUCCCUAUUCAUGUCGAUGCCGCAUCGGGUGGAUUUGUAGCACCAUUUGUGAAUCCUGAUCUAGAAUGGGAUUUCCGAUUGCCGUUAGUCAAAUCGAUCAAUGUCUCUGGGCACAAAUAUGGACUGUGUUAUCCCGGUAUUGGAUGGGCUAUAUGGAGAAGCGCGAAAUAUUUGCCAAAAGAUUUGGUAUUUACUAUCAACUACCUGGGAGCUGACCAGGCAUCGUUCACGUUGAACUUUUCAAAAGGCGCAUCGCAUGUGAUUGCACAAUAUUAUGUUCUCAUCCGCCUUGGCCGAAAAGGCUUUACUUCCAUUAUGAAAAACAUUACAAAACAUGCUGAUCGCCUUGCGCAGAUGUUGGAAGCUACCGAAAGGUUUGAGAUUUUAAGCGAAAGAAACGGAAAGGGUCUACCUGUUGUUGCGUUCAGGUUGAAACACAACGAAAAGAUGAACUACGAUGAGUUUGAUCUUGCAACCAGACUUCGUGAACGCGGGUGGGUUGUUCCCGCGUAUACUAUGGCGCCUCAUGCCGAACAUAUAAAGUUACUUCGUGUUGUCUUACGGGAGGACUUUACGCGUAUUCGUUGUGAAUUAUUGAUGAAGGAUAUAAAACUGGCUCUAUCACUUUUGGAUAAGAUGGACCGAGCUGCGAUUAAAACUAUGCGUUCUGCUUCACAGCGAUGGACUCUCCUUAAGCAUGCCACGCUUGCCUUUAAGGGACACAAAAACCAAACAGACAAGACCUAUGGUGUCUGUUAG